AUGGAUAGCGGUAAGGAAGACAAAGCCAUUUCCUUAAAGGAAGAGGGAAAAUUCGUGAAAGAGUGGGAUAAAUUUUCACAUGUUUUGCAUCGCGAUCUCGGGGGGGACCACGAACAUGACAUGGCACAUGUUGGCAUGGAAGAAGAAUUUGCCCGGCCGUCUCAGAAGAAGAAGAGGAAAGCGGAGGAGGAGGAGGAGGAAAAGGCGGAUCUUUUGAGCUCGUGCGAUACUUCCUUCGCUUCUACUCUAUCAGGGAAUUGGCCCACGCCCGACAAAGAGGAUUACGUCGAAAGCGGAUCCCCAAAAGGCCUGAGAAGAUGGUUCCCCUCGGAAUGGAUCCCCGGGUACGGCAAGACAUGGAUGGACCAAAAUCCAUCGCCGUAUGAGUCGCAUGGCACCGGGGAGGAAGACGAAGUAGUCGAAGGCGAAGAUAACGAUAUCGACGACGCGGAUAACGAAUCGGAGCACCCGGACGUGUUAAUGGAUAGCGGGAAGAAAUCAGACGAGAAGGAGGAUUUAGAAGAGUUGAAGAGAUCGUUGGACGAAACGGAGCGACAACUCAAUGCACAGUUGAUGACUUUCUUACGAAAUAAUCACGUGGACACAGACAAAAUGCUUUUUAUGACGCGGGACGAUAAUAAUGAGCAAUGGCGCGUCUCAAAUGGUAUUCGGUGGAGGAAGCAUAAUAAGGUUUGGGAUCCAGAUCCGAUUUUUUGA